AUGGGUUCUGAUAAAGUUAUUUCUGUUUUCCUUUUCCAAAAAGAUCCCAUAAAGAUUCGUGCGAGGGUGACGGCAAAUUUAUUAAAUCCUCUUAUGUUCAACUGGCAAGUUCUCGAUGAACGAUGUCUGUGUAUUGCCCGCAGAGCGAACCCACCCCGUCCGACCGCGACGGCCGAGCUGCUGCCGGGUGAUGGCAGCGUAGUGCGGGGCAGCGUCCCCGCCUUCGCCGCCCCCGUCCUCGUCCUCGCCCCAUGGCGCGCCCCACCCCCUGAGAGCGACAUGCCUCGUGCGGCGCACUCGCGCUCGCCCCCGCCCCCCGCGCGCACGCACUCGGCGCGCGCCCUGCUGCUGCUGGCGGCGCUGGCGGCGGCGGCGCUGCUGCCCGUGGGAGGUCACGCCUCCUCGCCCACCAUGACGGAGGUGAGCGACUGCCACGGCGUGCCAGCGCAGUCCGCCCUCAAUUUGGACAAGGGGCCCACGCGCGCCACCGCCUCCACCACCGCCUGCCCCAAGAUCGACUUGGGGCCCGCGUGGGCGGCCGCGCCCGACGUGCGCAUGCGCCUGCGCUGGCACGAGAACCACCACCACGUGAGCUACAACCUGCGCCUGCCCGAGCCCGAAACCCACAAGGGCUACUGGCUCGUCGACCAGCCGCAGAACGGUUCUCUCACCACCAACGAGAGGUACCGUCAGUUCGAGGGCGCCGUCAUGGUGAUGAAGGCGACGGCCACGCACGUGGUGCUCACCUUCUGCGGCAACCCAGGCGCCGAGCGGCAGGUGUACUCGGUGGUGAUGGCGCGCGAGCCGUCGCUGCCCAAGCACGACCUCGCCUCCGUCAACUCGAUGCUGUGGAUUUUUUUACAAACGUUUCUAAUAACACACGAAUCGCACCGCGUCGUAAUCACCACUGUCCUGUGCAAUUCAAAAGAGCAAUUGAGACUAAUUAAUAAAGAAAUGGAAAUCGCGAUAAGAGCAAAAAGUGUUUUUAGUGAAACUAAUAAUAUUAUAAUAAAUGUAACUGAACUUUGA